UAAAUAACCAUUCGAUAAAAUACUACUACUCGAUUCCUCUCCAUUCCGACAUCAUGACUACUCUAAGCACAACUACCAAUUUCACUUCAUCUUCUUCUUCGUUUUCCUCAUCUUUCAGAGACUUUCUAGUCCGAGGUCUCAUAUAUUUGCCAGAGAUUAAAAUGGUCGAGAUUUUUCUAGCCAUUUUUGUUUUCUUGAUUAUACAUAGUUUAAGGCAGAGGAAGCGUCAAGGCCUUCCGAAUUGGCCCUUUGUCGGUAUGUUACCCUCACUAAUUUUUGGCCUUCGAGGUGACAUGUACGAGUGGGUAUCCAAUGUCUUAUGUCGACAAAAUGGGACUUUUACCUUCAGAGGACCCUGGUUUACGAAUCUCUACUGUGUUGUAACAUCAGAUCCUCGAAAUCUAGAGUACCUUCUCAAGACUAAUUUCUCAAAUUUCCCCAAGGGAGGAUAUUUUCGCAACACUGUUCGGGAUCUUCUUGGUGAUGGUAUAUUCAAUGCAGAUGAUAAGAUUUGGCAAACACAGAGAAAAACAGCCAGUCUAGAAUUUCAUUCAGCAAAAUUCAGGCAAAUGACAACUGAAUCUUUGCUGGAACUCGUCCAUGCCCGGCUCCUGCCUGUUUUGGAAGAUGCAAUGAACCAAUCAAUCCCCAUAGAUUUACAAGAUAUUCUCUUGAGGUUAACAUUUGAUAAUGUUUGCAUGAUCGCAUUUGGCGUCGAUCCAGGGUGUCUCCGCCCUGGCCUGCCGGAAAUCCCUUUCGCCAGGGCGUUCGAGUCCGCGACAGAAGCAACGAUAUUGCGCUUCGUCAUUCCAACUGUGAUAUGGAAAACCAUGAGAUUUUUCAACCUGGGAACUGAAAGAAAACUCAUGAAGUCAAUUGAGGGAGUAGACGAUUUUGCUCAAGAAGUAAUUCGUUCAAGAAAGAAAGAACUUUCCUUGGAAUCGUCAGUUGAUAAUAAACAAAGAACAGAUCUUUUAACAGUGUUUAUGGGACUCAAAGAUGAACAAGAACAGCCAUUUUCGGACAAGUUUUUACGUGAUAUUUGUGUAAACUUCAUUCUUGCUGGAAGAGACACUUCUUCAGUUGCAUUAAGCUGGUUUUUCUGGCUGCUGAAUCAAAACCCAGAAGUAGAACAAAAAAUUCUUUCUGAAAUUUGUGGGAUAAUUAAUGAAAGAGAAGAUAACAAAGAAAAGGGGAAUGAUUUUGUUUUGAAACCAGAAGAGGUGAAGAAGAUGGAGUAUCUUCAGGCAGCUCUUUCGGAGGCUCUGAGGCUGUACCCUUCAGUACCAGUUGACCAUAAAGAGGUGCUUGAAGAUGAUAAAUUUCCUGAUGGAACAGUGGUAAAGAAGGGAACAAAAGUUGUGUAUGCAAUCUAUGCAAUGGGGAGAAUGGAGGAAAUUUGGGGCAAAGAUUGUAGAGAAUUCAAGCCGGAGAGAUGGCUAAACAACGGCCACUUCAUGAGUGAAUCUGCCUACAAAUUUACGGCGUUUAAUGGCGGCCCUCGGCUGUGUUUGGGCAAAGAUUUUGCUUAUUACCAGAUGAAAUUCGCCGCUGCCUCCAUCCUUUAUCGCUACAGGGCGGUGGUGGUGGAAAACCACCCAGUGAUGCCAAAGAUGGCAUUAACAAUGUACAUGAAGCAUGGGCUCAAGGUCAAGCUUCUAAGGCGUGACCAAUCAGAGAUUCAGACUAUUCUUAAUUCCAUGAAAAAUUAUUGAAGUUUGGUGUGUCGUUGGCUUUAUUUGAUUUUAUGUACUAUUUUAUUUUGGUUUGUAAGGUUGAAAAUAUAUUGCGCAUAUAUGUAUUGCUUAGGUGAAAUUAGAGUUGAAACAAAGAAGAUCUUGACUGCACGGUUAA